AUGACAAACCCAUCAGCUCUCUUGAGACUGGCCUCACUGCUGCUUCUGCUGGUGUGUUGCACAGAUGCAAAGAUGCAGAUCAUAACCAGCAAGCCAGAUAUCCUUGUGGGAGAAGAUACAUUACUAUUGUGUAAAGCUGGAGGAGAGGGGGAUAUAACGUGGCAGAAAGACGGGGUAGACAUUGAAGAAGAAAAGGUGACAAAGAUCGAUGAGACUUCCUCUAAGCUGAUCAUUAAGAAUGCUACUAUACAGAACACAGGCCAGUACACUUGUGUGUGCGACUUCGACUCGGGAAAGCAAGAAGAGGCCCAAGCACAGCUGUAUGUUUAUGAGGGUCCAUCAUUUGGAGGCACCCCAAUCUACCACGAGUUUCUGGAGGGCACAAACGGGCUGGUGCCGUGCCUGGCGACUGGCCGGCCAGCAGUGGACAUUCAGUGGCUUCGGGACAAACAAGAAAUCCCUUCUAAAGAGGGAGAACGUCUGCGUCGACUUGAUAACACACUCCAUAUCGAAAAAGUGAGGAGAGAGGAUGCUGGGACGUACGUGUGUCAGGCGCACAUCAGACGACGACCCAUUCAUCAGCUGCUCUCUGUCUCUGUUGUUGUCAACGCUCCUGCUAAAGUGCAACUGAGAGAGGAGUUGAAGAAAGUAAUGGCCGAAUCAGAAACCAACGUGUCUUUGCUUUGUUUGGUGGACGGUCACCCGAAACCCAAUAUCACCUGGACCAUGCCGGUGUCAUUAGACCAUUUUCGUCAUCAGUUCAACUCAGACCGUAGUCAGUUGUUUAUACAGGCUGUAGCCAGAUCUGACUUAGGGGAGUACAUCUGCACCGCAGCCAACAAGAUAGGAGAGGACAGUGCAACCAUCGAGCUUCAUGUUUAUGAGGCCCCAGAGGUGUUUCUGUCAGCAGUCCAGCGGAACGUGUCAGUGGGCGAGCGUGUGUCUGUGUCCUGUAACGUCUCUGGACAUCCUCAGCCCAAGCUACACUGGCUCAACAAGAACAAUGGACAGACACUGGUAAAAGACUCGACUUCUGGUCGUAUCCAUGUGGUGGACGGUGUGUUGCUGAUAGAUGAUAUGAUGCCCUCUGAUGGUGGGAAGUAUUCUUGCAUGGCUGUCAGCACCUCUGGAAAUGCAUCCAGAGAUGUCACAAUAUACACCCAGCCUGGUCCCCCUCACUACCUGUCGGUCUCGCCUGGCCCUACCUCAGUCCUCUUCUCCCUCAAGACCCUACCCAUCAGUGGAGGAACGCCAAUCACAAGUUUUGCCUUGCAGUGGAGGCAGAGCUCAGCAAAAAAGUGGAACGAGGUCACUCUACCAGCUUCAGAUCCCCUAGCUAUCACCACCCUCAAGCCUUAUACAUUGUACACAGUGCGUUUAGCGGCCUUGAAUGAGGCAGGAGUAGGACAAUUCUCUGACCCAAACAGCGUUCGCACCCAGGGAAUACGAGGUGAGCCCGACAGUCCAGUUUUGUCGCCCAAUGAGAUUAAAGUGAUGGGCAACAACUUCUCCACCCCUCUUAAGCAGAUAGACGAUGGCGGAGUGCCUCUGCUGCACUUCAUCAUUCGGUACAAACAGGAUAAAGAAGGGGCUGAGUGGACAGAGAUGCAGCUGCCGUCCACCACUGACACUGUCUCCCUUAAAGACCUGUCUUUUGGCUCAGACUACCAACUGGAGGUCACAGCGGUCAAUACUAAUGGUUCCUCUAUUCCUGCCACACUGAACUUCACCAUCGCGGAAAAGCCUCCGAGUAGCCGUACCAUGACCAAAGGCAGCGUGGUUGGCAUCGUCAUGGUGAUCUUCUUGCUGGUGUUUCUGGUGGUAGACGCCACCUGCUGCUACAGAAACCGCUGCGGCCUCCUAAUGACCAUCGCUGUGAAACUCUUUGGACAGAAAGUUCCAGGCCUCAAAAUGCUGGAGGAAGGGUUGGGGAGCACUAACGGAGACGUGAAGCUGAAAGGCAUGUCCACUCCGAGAGGCAGUAUGCAACAGGAAAACCCAUCCAGAUAGAAACCAGUCCGCUGCUGAAGCAUGAGGGGAGAAAGUGGUGAAACA